GAUUCGAAUAAUUUACAAUUCGAUGCGAAUAUUUGAUUCGAAAUGCCCGCCCUAGUCAUAUGGUUCGGAGACAUCAAAACCUGGAAACUUCAUUCAAUUUGUUUGGUACACUUGCUUGAGAAGCAGGCUACGUAAUCUGCCAUGGCAAUUCCAUCGCAUCAACAAGGGUUGUAGUUCUACACAGCGAACUGGAUUUUUCCCAUGUCUAAUUUUCUUAAACUUCCAGAAUAUUUUAUACGGUUAUAUAGUUCAAAAAAUACAAGAAAUAAAUCAUGAAAAGAUAUGAAUGUAAGUUAUCUCCAGAAACGCUGAAAAAGGCAAUUGAUGAAUUGAACGAACCUGAAGAUAAUACAGAAAGAUUGGCUGCAAUCGAUAAAUUGAGAGCAAGAUUUCAAAAAGAAAAUGAUGGAUGUGAAUUGAUUCGUUCUGACGAUGCUUUUCUCUUGAGAUUUCUUCGAGUUAGAAAAUUUAACGAAGACAGAGCAUUGACGACUCUCGUGAAUUACCAUAAGCAUAGAACAGAAUGGAAGGAGUUAUACGAUCUGAUCGACAAUCCAAAAGACUGUGAACGUCUUAUGUCUGCUGGUCCACUCCUGCCUUUAAAGGAUGCCAGAGCAAAGGAUGGAACUUUUGUUUUUGUCGGACGACCAGGUCUUGGAUUUGUUGAGAGUGACGACAUGUUAAAAUUUCUUGCAAUUAUACUAUUAUCGAUUGAGAAGCAAUUGGAAAAAGAAGAAUUUCAAAUAUAUGGCGUAACUAUCAUCGACGACAUGUCAAAUAUGGGUUUACAAACAGCAAUGCAGAUGGCGUCGUAUGCAAAACGCUUCUCCAGUAUAAUGCGAGAGGCUAUGCCUGUACGAUUAAAAAGUUUUAAUUUCAUUAACGAGGCACUGGUGUUUGACAUUCUGUGGACUGUCAUAAGCACCUUUAUAGGAGAGAAACUAAAGAACAGGUUGACAGUUCAUGGAUCGAACGUCAAAACACUGCAUGACAAAGUUGACCCUGUUCAUCUACCAUUUUUUCUUGGUGGGAGCGGACCAGAUCUUAAUGCUGAUUGGUGGACAAAAGAGGUUCUUUCCACUGUUGGAUCUGGAGAAGACACUUCACUCUGAGAUUUUCUAAAUGUGCAUUUUGAAAAAAAAGUGAUUGAUGUGCUAACUAGUUUGAGUGCAAUCCUAUAAUAUUAAUCACAAAAUAUGUAAUUAUUGUUACUGCUAUACUUAAUAAAAUAAAUAUUUGAAUGA